UGAUAGGUAUUCAAGUAAAUACAUGUGAUAGAUAAAUAAUCCAUGGAGAUGGAAAGUUUUAAGUGAGUUGAAACUAAAAUUUGGGUCUCAUGAGGUUAGUUCUUUUUGUCAUUUUCAAGUAAAAGGGACAUUUAGGUUGAAACGUCUUACCCAGAUGCACAUACAUCUGAGUUAAGAGCUGGGAUGUGAAAUGUGAGGGUGCAGAUGAGAAUGAUACCCUUGAAGUAAUUUUCAAACCAUAGGGUAAAACUCAAGAUUAAGAUUAUAAAAUAGAGAACAUUUGAGUCUUUGCAUAUUUACCCACUUAGGCAGAUGAGCUUUGAAGGCCAUAGCUUUGUUAGUUUUCUCUGCUCUCCUGUUUUUUUUUUUUGUUUGUUUGUUUGUUUGUUUGUUUGUUUUGACAGGCAGAGUGGACAGUGAGAGAGAGAGACAGAGAGAAAGGUCUUCCUUUUGCUGUUUGUUCACCCUUCAAUGGCCGCUGUGGCCGGUGCAUUGCGCUGAUCCGAAGCCAGGAGCCAGGUGCUUUUCCUGGUCUCCCAUACGGGUGCAGAGCCCAAGGACUUGGGCCAUCCUCCACUGCACUCCUGGCCACAGCGGAGAGCUGGCCUGGAAGAGGGCAACCGGGACAGAAUCCAGCGCCCCGACCAGGAAUAGAACCUGCUGUGCCAGUGCCGCAAGGCGGAGGAUUAGCCUAGUGAGCCACGGCGCUGGACCGCUCUCCUGUUCUUAAUAAAAAUCUGAUACUGUGGCGCUUGUGGUCAAAGUUGGGGAGGAGGCCCAAGAGGUGCACUUCUGCUGAUUGGAAUCCUGACUUGCUGAGACAUCCAUCAUCUGCUUAGUACCUUGCAUUGUAUUCGAUGCCAGUACUAGAUGGUUGAGGCUACUCACAUCUUUAUUUGAGCCUGCGAGAGGUAGUUGUCAUACUGCCAGUUACAGGUUGCAGUAUUGUAUUGCAACUACUGUGCUAAAGCAAACUAAAAAUCUAAAAUAAAAAAUGUUAAGAUAUGUUUGGUAAUGUGAUGAGUAAUUUACAUCUCAUUCCUUGACAAAUAGGUAAGUACACUUGUUUCUUGCUUUAGGGUAGUUUUCUAGAAAAUAUUUUUUAAAGAAUUUCGUUUAUUUGAAAAACAGAGCUCCCAUAUGCUGGAUCAUUCCCCAAAUUCCCGCAACAAUUGGGGCUGAGCCAAGCUGUAGCUGGAAGCCAGUAGGUAGCAAUCCAGGUCUCCUGUGUGGGUGGCAGAGGCUCAGCUACUUGAUCUGUCACUUGCUGCCUCCCAUGGUGCAUAUUAUCAGGGAGCUGGAAUCAAGAGCAGAGCCAGGACUCAAGGCCAGGUGCUCUACAGGGGAUGAGGGGUGUUCCAAGUUGUGUCUUAACUACUAGGGAAAAUGUCCCAAAAUUGAUUUUUUUAAAAUAUUUACUUUAUUCAUCUGAAAGGCAGAGUUACAGAGGCACAGAGAGGUCUUCCAUCUGCUGGUUCAUUCCCCAGAUGGCCACAGUGGCCAGAGCUGGGCCGAUCCAAAGCCAAGAGCCUGGAGCUUCUUUCAGGACUCCCACGUGGCUGCAGGGGCCCAAGCACUUGAGCCAUCAUCUACUGCUUUCUCAGGCGCAUUAGCAGGGAGCUGGAUCGGAAAGGGAGUAGCCUGGUGUCGAACUGGCACCCAUAUGGGAUGCCGGCACAGCAGGCGGUGGCUGUACCCGCUAUGCUACAGUGCCGGCCCCACCAAAAUUUGAGUUUUAAUAAAUUGGUUCCAGAAAGUAGAAGACACAAACCAAUAUGAUAGAGAAUAGUCUCAGAAAAUAUCUCUUACUAAGAACACCAAACUUACCAAUAAAAUCAAAACCUGAGCUGUGGAAAUGAGGAAAUAGAUUUUUUUAAAGAGACUUUGUUCUGAAGAUGAGUGCUUCACAGGGCUUCCCAGACGUGAGGGUGAAGUAGACUGGUGGGUCACCUGUACCCCACUGAGGCUUGGAGCUGGGUGCUGGAGGAUACUUGCCUAGACGAAGGGGAACUAAGUGAACCAAGGCCUGCAUAGUUGUAGCAGUCCCCGUGGGAAGGUGUUCACCAUUUAAAUCCCUCGAAGUCAUGCUACUGUUCUGUCUUCUCAGAUUGGGAUUUUAGGGUACCCUUCAUGUUAAAUAACUUCUGGUUCCUGGUUGUCUGAUGCCCUCUCUUCCUUGAGCAUUUUCUUCCAGGUGUUUGGGCCAACUAUAACACAGCUUUCAAACUUCCUCUAUGAUAGUUUAACUUUGUUUCUUUAUGGGCGCUCCAGUGCCAUCCCUUCUGCAACCUUUGUAGGGUACAGUGUAAGGGUCGAGACUACCAGAACACAAAAUAAAAUGGCAGAAAGAGGACACAGCUGAGGAACCAUGCAAAGACCACUCAGGAACGCACAGGAGACAACUCGGCUGGGAACAGUUGUGUGCAUCUCCCAGAGCUGGCCCUCGUGACUGCCCAGCGGAUGUUGGCACUCAGGCAGAGGAGUGCACAGAGAGCCUCAUACUGUCUAUGAAGAAUGUGUAUUUUUUUUAGGAAAGUGUGUAUAAGGCAGCUUUAAAUGAACUAUAGGUUAUUUUUUGUUGUUGAGGAUGACUGAGAACAAUGGGGUGAGCAGAGGACCAGGGGCUUUCAAAUCGCAGCUCCGCCUUGUUCUAUCUGUGUAGCCUUGUUCAAGUCACUUAACCUUUCUGAGCCUCCAUUUUUUUAAUCUGGAAAAUGAAAAAAAAAAAAAAAACACAAUACCUAUCCAAGUUGCUGUGCUGUCAAGUCACUGGAGGUAACAGUUUGUAACAUGUAACACUAAACCUUCCUGGUUCAGAGUUUGAAAGUGGCGGAAAGGCAAGAUAGAGCAGAGCUGGGCAGACAUUGGAAGCUUCCAUUGUAAAGCAGAUCAUAUAAGUACAUCUGUGACUUUAAGGCAGUGUAGACUGAGCAUCCCUAGUCUGAGAACACGAAAUGCUCCACAGCCUCAGCCUUUGAGCACCGGUGUGGGGACGUCCACAUCUGGAAGUGGGCAUUUGGCCUCCAAGUUAAGCUGCCUGCAUCUCAUAGCAGUGUCUGGGUUCAGUACCUGGCUCAGCUCCUGACUCCAGCUUUCUAACAGUGCACACCCUGGGAGGCAUCACCCAGUGAUGGCUCAAGCAGUUGGUUUCUGGCCGGUCACGUGGGAGGCCUGGUCUGGCUCAGCCCUGACUGUUGUGAGCUUUUGGGAAGUGAUACAGCGGAUGCAGUCCCUCCCUCCCUCUCUCCCUCCCUCCCUCUCUCUCCCUCCCUCCUCACUGCUUUUCAAAUAAAAUAACUCCAUGCUAUUAAAAAAAAUUACACACCUGACUGAUGGUUUUCAGUGAACACACAGGUGUGCUAAACAUUUUAUAUAAAUUACUUUCAGGCUGUAUGUAUUAUUUGUAUGUGAAACAAAUGAAUUUCAUUUAGGCUUGUGUUCCAUCCCCAAGAGAUAUUGUGUAUAUGCAAAUGCGCCAAAACAUGAAAAAAAAAAGGUGGAAUCAAGCACUUUUGGUUCCAAGCACUUCAGACAAGGGUGAUCCAACCUGUAUUAUCCUUAAAGAGAUUGAAAAAGAAAUGAGAGAAUUUGUUUGAAUUUAAGUAACCAGCAAGGAAUAACUCUUCAGUGAGGUGGAAGUGAUAGGAGUUUUGUAAGGAAGAGAAUUGUUCCCUGAUAAUUUAUGUUCACUGACAAAUGGAGUGCAGGGUGUUAACAACACAUGCCCCAGACUUUACCAUUGCAAUUCAAAAAGCUCAAGUUUAAAAAGUAUGAUUCUGUUACCAGAAGUCUGAAAGGGAUGGAACAGUCUGGAGAAUGUCUUAAUACUGACAUAAAUUGCAACGAAAGGCAGAAAUAUGAAACUAAGGGAAUAUAUUGAGGUGGAAGUGCCCAGUUUCUCACUUCCAAGCUGUUGAUCAGUCGUGAACAGGUGCCUGGCUGGCCCAUGAGGCAAAAGCAAAAUUCAGACCAUGAGGUAAGGAUGCCAUAGGCAGUGGACCAGCAGGAGGAAGGGGCACGUGUCUGCCGGUGUUGGGCCUUCUCCCCUUUUGUGCUUGGCCGUCGAAAGGUGCAUGUGGAUGUGAUUGAGGGGAGGGUCCGGGCCCUGUGAGUUACCUCGCAAGGUGCAAAGAGGAACACUGCCGGAAGUGUGACAAUCUCUGGGAAGUGGCAGUAGGACCAGAACGGUGGUCAUGUGAUUUUCCGAAAGCAAGGGGAAACUAUCUUGGUAACUCUGCCAGGAGGCCUGGCAGGUCUCUGUCAUUAACUCCAUGUUACACCUAAGGAAACAGGCUCAGAUCUGGACCUGACCUCUCAUCUAAACUCUUGGAGGUCCACCAUUGGGUCUUCCCUAUGUGAUAGCUAAGUACAUGCGGAAUGCUAAUCACAUUGUUUCCUGUCCAGUAAGGCUGCCACUGUCAUUAUCCAAUAAAAUGGAUCCUGUUUAUCAGGCGUCUGUCUGCAUCGUGUGUUUCCUCAUGCUCCCCCCAGGUCCUGGUCAGCAACAGACGCCAGGUGGCUGAUGGAGAAUGACUGUCUUGUCAGAGGGCAAACUCCCUGAGUCAACAAAUAGCUUAGAUCCUGGAGGAGAAACCUGCUCAACAGGAGCUGGGGCCACCUGACAGCAGGAUGGUGGAGGCCCUGCCCUGGGAAGCCAGAGCAAGAGCCAAGUCUCCCUGGGCUUCCGCGGCUCCCAGGCUGUGGGAGGGACUCUUCCGUCUGGUUUCCGCCUCCUGGGUCUUCCCCUUCCAACUCCCUGAAGUGUCUGGCAGCCCUUCAGAGAGCCCUCUCCUGGGCCUGGGGCUCUGGGAAACCGCUUUCCAAAGUCCAGGAAGCAGGAAAAUCUUUUUCUGUCUUAGCUCUUCAUUUGGGUUAAAGAGGCUACAUUUGUGUAGAGAACCUGAUAUUGGGAUGAGAGAGAGAGCUUCAAGUGCUGGCUCCACCUUUCAGAGCCGCAAGAACUUUCCAAGCGUGUGCAGGGUUCCUGUGACGGUGUGCCCUGGGGAAGGGACAGCACAGUGACCAAGCCGAAGAAACGUGUGCGUGCACUGGCAGUAAGUUACCAGUGUGUGCGCAUGCGUGUGCAAUAAAUUACCUGUGUGCGCGUGCGCAGUAAAUUACCAGUGUGUGCGCAUGCGUGUGCGGUAACUUACCGGUGUGUGUGUGUAUAUGUGCAGUAAAUUACCUGUGCUGCCUCAUGAUACAUGUCACACAACUCAAAGCUGCAACCAGAGUAAGACACCAUCGCCAAGAGGAUGUACUCCCGUGUUUUGGAGCAGAGGGACAACUGAUGGGCUAGGAAUCCCAUAAUUUUCAUCCUUGGCUGCACUUUAGAAGCACUCAGGGAACUUAGAGAAACGCUGAUGCCCAGGGCCCACCCAGACCUGUUAACUGGGCUGCAGUCACAGUGCAUUCAAACAAUGAAAUAACUACAAGUGCUUUGAAAGGAAGGUUUCGCUUUGCUUGGAUGGACGGUGUAUUCGCUGUCUUUCGAUGAGUCACAGCGACAGGGAAGAUACGGGGUCCCACCUGGAGCCCCAGGACCUCCACUUCCACGAGCAUGGCCCAGAUGUCGCAGGUGCAGGAACUCUUCCACGAGGCAGCCCAGCAGGGGCCCUUGGCCCAGCGCCGGCCUUGGUGGAAGGCCCAGCUGUCCGUGUGGGAGCCGGUGCUGUUUGGAACCUGGGACGGCGUGUUCACGUCCUGCAUGAUCAACAUCUUUGGGGUCGUCCUUUUCUUGAGGACUGGCUGGCUGGUGGGGAACACAGGCGUGCUGCUGGGCGUGUUCCUGGUGUCCUGCGUCAUCCUUGUGGCCCUGGUCACCGUGCUGUCCGGCAUCGGCGUGGGCGUGCACAGCGGCGUGGGCAGCGGGGGCGUCUACUCCAUGAUCUCCUCAGUCCUCGGCGGGCAGGCCGGCGGCACCAUCGGGCUGCUCUAUGUGUUUGGACAGUGUGUUGCAGGUGCCAUGUACAUCACCGGCUUUGCUGAGUCCAUCUCGGAUUUGCUGGGCCUCGGGGACAUCUGGGCCGUGCGAGGUAUCUCGGUGGCCGUGCUCCUGGCCUUGCUGGGGAUUAACCUGGCGGGCGUCAAGUGGAUCAUCCGCCUCCAGCUGCUGCUGCUGCUCCUGCUGGCCGUGUCCACGCUGGACUUUGUGGUGGGCUCUUUCAGCCACCUGGACCCAGAGCAUGGUUUUAUUGGAUAUUCCCCGGAACUGCUACAGAACAACACUCUGCCAGAUUACACCCCGGGGGAGUCUUUCUUCACUGUGUUUGGGGUGUUCUUCCCAGCUGCUACAGGAGUCAUGGCUGGCUUCAACAUGGGGGGCGACCUCAGGGAGCCGGCCGCCAGCAUCCCGCUCGGCUCGCUGGCAGCUGUUGGCAUCUCGUGGUUUCUGUACCUCGUCUUCGUUCUCCUGCUGGGCGCCGUCUGCACCCGAGAGGCUCUUCGCUAUGACUUCCUGAUAGCUGAGAAGGUGUCCCUGGUGGGCUUCCUCUUCCUUCUGGGCUUGUACAUCUCGUCUCUGGCCUCCUGCAUGGGAGGACUCUACGGAGCUCCCCGGAUCUUGCAGUGCAUUGCGCAGGAGAAAGUGAUUCCUGCACUCGCCUGUCUGGGAAAAGGGAAAGGACCAAAUAAAACACCUGUAACUGCCAUCUGCCUGACCAGCUUGGUGACCAUGGCCUUUGUCCUUGUGGGCCAGGUGAACAUUCUGGCUCCCAUCGUCACCAUCAACUUCAUGCUGACGUACGUGGCCGUGGACUACUCAUACUUCUCUCUGUCCAUGGACCGCUGCGGCCUUCCCCGGGGGACUGAGCCAGCGCUCAGGGAAGGCACGGAAGCUGUCCACUGCUCUGAGCAUCUGCUCCUGGAAAAAGCUCCUACCUAUGGCUCUGAGGGCCCUGCUCGAAGCCUCUCUGAGGGCACUCUGCUGGAAUUCGCCAAGGACAUGGACCAGCUCCUGCAGCUAACCAGGGAUCUUGAGAGUAGCCAGCCCAGGCAAGGAGAGGGGGACAGGAGCCCUGAGGGUCAGAAGAGGAAAGGCAAGAAGGCUACCAAACAAACCCUACAGGACAGCUUCCUCUUGGACCUCAACUCCCCUACCUCCUUCCCUCCUGGUAGCUCUGACAGGUUGCCCACUGCCUCCUGGGAGGGGCACAGGUCCGACUGGAACAAGCAGACUUCCAGGAGUGAAGGGACUUGGCCUGGGGGACUACGUGAGGAACUUCUCCCAGAGCUGUGUAGCCAGCGGAGGCCAAGUAAAGAAGAUUUUUUCCUGAAGUCCAUGCUCCAGGAACAGAGGAGACCAACUUCUGUUUACUCCCGCAUGUGCAAUCCCUGGGUCUCCCUGUUGGGGGCUGUUGGGUCGCUUCUCAUCAUGUUUGUGAUCCAGUGGGUCUAUACCCUGGUUAACAUGGGUGUUGCUGCUGUUGUGUAUGUCUACAUUGGCCGGGCCAGUCCAGGCCUUCACCUUGGAUCAGCUUCCAACUUCAGCUUUUUCCGAUGGAUGAGGUCUCUUCUGAUCCCCUCCUACAGGAGCUGGCGGUCCCCCCGGGAGCAGAUCAUCUUGGCGCCUUCCCCGGCCAGGGUUGACAUGGCAAUGACUCAGCUCACUCAGGAGAAUGCAGACUUCGCCUCUCGGGAUCGCUACCACCACUCCUCCUCCGUGAGCCGGGAACAGCUGAUGCCUCAGUACUAGAAGCAGCGCUGAGACCCUCCCGUCUUGGAGCUGACCUGUACCCAGUGGACCGAAGCCCUGGGCCUUUUGUGGAGCUGCUUCUCCUCCCGCUGCUGCUUUGGACAAUGGAAAUCUGCAUGCUGGUCGGGAGCCGCACGCCUAGCCCAGGUAAUGUUAGGAAGAGCUCCACCUGGACACCAAGCCUGCCAGUGUGGAGAACCACAUCUCACUGCUUCUGAGGGCCACAAUAAAUGCUUAUUUUUAAUUAAAUUAAAUUAUUGAUUUAAUACAGCAUCCAUGUCCAUGGUUCCAAGCCCCAAAGUAUACUCAUGGAUAGAACGAAGUCUUCCUCCCAUCUACUUUCCUUCUGCUCAGCUUCUACCCUGGCCGAAGGCAGCCAUGCUCUCAUGCACACUUCCAGUUGUCCUUUUGAGUGUACAGUCA